AUGACGGAAAUCGAACCGUGGUACAAACGCGUUUCCGGCCCGUUCCCCUUAAAAUACGGUUGCGUCGGCGUGAAAGAGGACGGCGGCGGGUCCAUGCGCGGGAGAGGCGUGGUUGGUCCGAUGAAGAUUCACCGAGCGGUGUUUCGACGAGACGAGAAUCUGAUCAGAGAUUUAAUCGAGAAGGAAAAGAUGGACGUGAACGAGGUCGAAGCGGCUGGGAACACGCCGUUGUUUAACGCGGCGUACGAUAACUGGGUGGAAGGGAUCGAUUUGUUGGUUUCGCUCGGGGCGAAAGUGAACGCGUCGAAUAACGCCGGGGAUACGGCGUAUCGUUGGGCGGAGAAUAUGCAAAACGAGGAAGCGAUGGAGGCGUUGAAAAAGCACGGCGCGGAUCCGGAGUACGAGGGGCAGAUUAUCGUGCCCGAACACAUUCCAAAGAUACGAGAUUUUUACGAGACGGAAAACGGCAAGACGCAUCCGAAACCGAGCGAGGAGUUUUUGGCGUUUAAAAGAGAGGAGGAUCGAUUGUUGGCGUACGAAGCCGCGAACACGAUGCAACCGUAA